AUGAUGUACCUAUGCUCCUCUUGUUAUCAGCUCGAGUAUACUAAUCUGACUACGAACAAGCCAGAGAGGUGGAAGGGCAGUACCACAGUAAAGUUCAAUGUUGUGAAGAUUGAGAAGCAAGCUUGCCAGAUCCUGUAUUGGGAUAAUGACGAGAAGGUUUUCUUCGUCCAAGAUGAUCAGUUUAAUCAACAAGAAUUACCCCAGAGAUAUGUCAAGGAGGCGAGCAAAUUAUUGAAAAAUGGUGAUCACGUAACACUGUGGCUCGAUGAUGAUGAGGUUGUGAAGGUUCGCAUCCCUAUCAUGUCCAAUCGUGACCGUUUCUUCCCAACUCAUGAAGAGCCCGAAGAUGACGACGAUGUCGAUGCUGGAAGCGAAGCCAUGGAGGAUGAUAGAAUUAGUGAUGGUGUUGAAGAUGCUGUGGAGGAUGAAGAAGAAGGAGAGGGCGAGGAUUUGAUGGACAACAUGGAGGAGGAUUAUCGUGCUAUACCUGAAUUGGAUCGAUAUGAUCCCAGAAUGCUGGAUGAGCAGGAGUAUGGUGAUGAUGCUGGUGCUAGGAGGCGUGCCGAGAGGGAAUUACGAGAGAGGGAUAGAGGACAGAGACGCAGGAUGCCUGGUGCGGUGUUUGGUGAAGACAGCUCUGACAGUGAGGAUGAUGAUGACCGUAUGGGGGCCUAUGAGAGGAAGAGGCGUCGAUUGGAGAGGUUAAGGAGGGCUGCACAGGCAGAGGACGAUGAUGCUGCUAUGGAUGAGGAGUUUGAUGCUGAUCUUAUCGAUCUUAAUAAUGAGGAAGUUGGACCGGAUACUGACCUCUCACCGGAUUCCCGUUUGGGCAAGAAGAUUAUUGCCAAUUUUAGCAAGUUCUUACAGACCUUCAUAGACCCAACGGAGGAUGCGAACGAACCCUACUAUUCUGAGAAGAUCCACCAUAUGUGCGCCGAUGGCAAGACAUCCUUCACAGUGUCCUUCCAUCCACAUCUGGCUGACUGGUCCCCCUUCAUGGCACAAUGGUUAUGUGAUCGUCCCCAUCAUAUACUCAAGCUACUGCAGGUAUCAGCCACUGAAUUCACUAAGAAGAAGUAUAAGGAACUGUUCGCCAACGAUCGUCAUCGUGAGAUCAAUGUACGCAUAGUCAGCUUCCCAGUUGUCGACCUUAUAAGGAAUCUUCGAGCAUUUCACAUCAACAAGUUAGUUAAUGUUGUUGGUGUUGUUACCCGUCGUUCUGUGUUAUUACCUAAGCUCCGCGUACUCUACCUUACUUGUAUGAAUUGCCAAUUCCUAUGUGGGCCUUUCGAUCUUUCUGCAAGCGAAGAGAGCGGGACUAGCUUCAGGCCAGGUCAUUGUCCGGAAUGUCAGAAUACCGGACCUUAUGCGGUUAACCGUGAGGAAACUGUAUACAAAAACCAUCAGGUCAUUACACUACAAGAAGCGCCUGGGUCGGUAUUACCUGGCCGUAUGCCAAGGAGUGUCGAGGUCAUACUGAGUGAUGAUUUGGUCGAUAGUGUUAGGCCAGGUGAUCAGUGUUCUAUUGUUGGAACCUAUCAUGCUAGAUACGACAGUGCAGGGAAUGUGAGGGCAGGGUUCCCAGUAUUCAAAUGUGCUAUUGAUGCUAAUUCUAUUGUAAGACAGAAUGAGAUGAAGAUAGAGAGUGUUCGAGACGAGGAUAAGAGAGAGAUAUUCGCGCUGUCGAAAGAUCCGCAUGUCAGAGAGCGCAUAAUUGCCUCGAUCGCCCCAUCCGUCUAUGGUGCUACUACGGUGAAGACAGCACUGGCUAUGGCCCUCUUCGGUGGUAGAGAGAAAGUAGCACAAGGUAGACAUAGGAUAAGGGGAGAUAUCAACGUACUUAUCCUUGGUGACCCGGGCCUUGCCAAGUCUCAAUGCUUGAAAUUCGUUAAUAAACUAUUCCAGCGUUCAGUAUAUACCACGGGUAAGGGAGCUAGUGCUGUUGGCUUGACGGCAUCAGUUCGUAAGGAUUACCAGACUGGGGAGUAUACACUUGAGGGCGGUGCACUGGUGCUAGCUGACAGUGGUAUAUGCCUGAUCGAUGAGUUUGAUAAGAUGAAUGAUGCUGAUCGUACCUCCAUCCAUGAGGCUAUGGAGCAGCAGAGUAUAUCUAUAUCUAAAGCGGGUAUUGUGGCAUCCCUCUCAGCCAAGUGCUCAGUCGUAGCAGCUGCUAACCCUGUCGGAGGUCGAUAUAACCCUAGUCUUACCUUCACUGACAAUGUAGAUCUCACGGACCCCAUCUUAUCCCGUUUCGAUGCUCUAUGCGUGAUACGAGAUGAGAUAGAUCUAUUCCAAGAUGAGCGUCUGGCUGACUUUGUCGUCUGUACCCAUAUGCAAAACCACCCUCGUGAGCCUAACAACAACGUGAGGCCUCGGAACCAGGAGAUGGAAGCGCUAUACGAACCCAUCGAUCAAGACCUUCUCAGGAAAUAUAUCCUCUAUGCAAGGACGAGCGUCUUCCCCAAGAUAUCAGACGUUGAUGCGGACAAGUUGGCUAANNNNUUUAUCGUAAGAGACUACGUCACUAGUAAGGACAUUGAUCAUGCUAUUGCUACUAUGCUGAGUUCUUUCAUCAUGACACAGAAGCAUGCUGUAGCUGAGAGGCUCCGUAGGAGGUUCGAAGCCAAAUACAUCUCUAGCGUAACAGAUCAUAACGAGCUGUUGCACUUCAUGCUUAGGAAGAUGUUCAAACAACAAAUGGAUUUGAUCCUGCUUACUACUGGAAUCGGUAGGGAUGCGGCUGAUGUUGAUGACGCUGACAUGCCCGAAAUAACCAUCGACAAAGGAGCGUUUAUUCAUGAGGCUCAGCAAGCUGAUCUGAGAAAUGUCCGUGAGUAUAUGGAAUCAGCCUUGUUCGCUGAGGUCUUCACUCUCGAUGAAGAUGGGAAGACUAUAAGACGGAAGGCCGUGGCUGCUUAG